AUGAAGGCUCUCCUUUUAAACUUUUUGGUGGCUUAUGCUGCUCGUCGAAGACCAAAAGUAAAAGAUAGCUCCAACACUGAAGAAUCCGGCCUAGAACAGUUAGUUUCGAAAGAGAUUAGUCAGUAUGGAUGGCCAGGGCAACACGAAUGCGUAGAAAUACCAGAGGAGUUCGAAAUUUGUCACAAUAUCACUGGCUCUGGAAAGUUUUACCGAACAAUGUGGCUCCCAAAUUUUAUGAAGCAUGAGACCAUGGACGAGGUUAUUCAACAAUCACGAAGUUGGAAGCCACUCUUAUCCCGGCAGAAGUACGAGGUCAAGGAGGUCCAGAAGUUUAUCUGUUCAAUGUACGCACCAGUCUGCCUGCCAAGUGGCCCGAAGAUGAUGAUUCCACCAUGCAAGGAGCUCUGUGAGUCGGUCAAAGAUCAACUUUUACCGAAGCUGCAAGAGCAUCGCUUGGGCUGGCCAGACUCGCUAGCAUGUGAUCGUUUCCCUCGUCAAAACGACAAAGGUGGUCUUUGCAUACCGCCCGAUGAAAAGAGACCAUCGAAACCAGCAGUAUCCGUGAAUGACCAUUUUGGAUCUUCGAAAUGCAAGGAUCCCGAAAGUUUCUGCGUUCUUGGAUCAGUUGCGGACAAUGACGAGAUGACGAUCCGCGAACAUUUCUGCAGCUUUGACAUCGUGUUCAUCGCAAAAAUCAAAAGGAUCAAGGCGAAAAAAGGCCGUGCUCACGUCCAGAUAAAGUUCAAAAUCAGAAAAGACAAGGUGGAAGACAAUUUUACUGCAACGAAAGAAUCGAAAUUGAAGAAGUGGUUCUAUUUGGCGGAUGCAGGCGAUUGCUACACAUCGAAGAAAUGUAUUGCCCUCGAAGAGGCAAGGAGAAAUAAGAAAAGUUUACUUAUUAUGGCCAACGAUUAUGAGAGCAAAAGAAAAAAUGUUAUUAUGCACUUGACAAACUGGGAUAACCAGUCGAAUUUGCGCAGCGUUCUCAAGCUCGAUCACUGCUGUAAAAACAACUCUUGCAAGCACUGA